CAAAAAAGCUUUGAACAAUUGUACCAGGAUGGCAGAGCUAGUAAUAAUAGGGGCAACAGCCCUGAACAAUCGUACCAGGAUGGCAGCAGUAGUAAUAUUGGGGGCAAAAGCUCUGAACAAUUGUACCAGGAUGGCAGUAGUAAUAUUGGGGGCAAAAGCCCUGAACAAUUGUAUCGGAGUGGCAGUAAUAAUAUCAGGGUUGAAAGCCCUGAACAAUUGUACCGGGAUGGCAAUAUUAAUAAUAGAGUUGAUAGCCUUGAACAAUUGUACCGGGAUAACGGUAAUGGUAGUAAUUCGG